ACAUCACCUUAUCUCCAAAUUAUCUAUUUUUGGUAUACUUUGUGUAAUAUAUAUAUCACCUUAUCUCCAAAUUAUCACCUUAUUCCAAAUACAUGUGACUGACUUGAGAAUUAGCAUCAAUGGCAGUCAUAGGCAACUAUUCUGUCAUGAAACUUUGUUGUUCAUCAAACCGUGCAAUAACCUUAAUACAAAAGGUUAUUGCAGAAGUUAUCGGUACAUACUUUCUUGUAUUUGCAGGGUGCGGUGUUGUAGCAGUGGACAAAAUCUAUGGCUCCAUAACAUUUCCAGGGAUAUGUAUCACUUGGGGUUUGAUUGUAACCGUUAUGUGUUAUUCUGUUGGCCAUAUCUCCGGAGGACUCUUCAACCCCGCGGUGACGAUAACCUGGGCCAUCUUUCGCAGAAUCAAAAUCAUCGAAGCUCCACUUUACAUUGCUGCUGAGUUACUCGGUUCAACACUUGCGAGUUUAACAUUAUCUUUAAUGUUUGAUAUUACACCAAAAUCUUAUUUCGGAACUGUGCCGGUUGGAUCAAGCGGCCAAUCUUUAGCUGUGGAAUUCAUUAUCAGUUUUCUGUUAAUGUUUGUUAUUUCAGCUGUUACAACAGACGAUAGAGCGGUGGAUGAUUCAGCGAGUAUUGCGGUCGGAAUGACGAUAACGUUGAAUCUUUUUAUAGCUGGACCUGUUUCAGGUGCAUCUAUGAAUCCAGCAAGAAGUAUUGGACCUGCAAUUGUGGUGCAUAUUUAUAAAGGUUUAUGGAUAUAUGUAGUUGGUCCUAUUCUUGGAGCCAUAGCUGGAGCACUUGUGUAUAACUUUCUUAGAUCUGUAUACAAACCAAGGGCAGAAAAAACAGCUGAAACGCCGGCUUCAGAAAUAACAACAGAAAAGCCAAAUUCAGAUUUAACAGCAAAAGAACCAUUGAGGAGCAUAAAUAUAGGUUGAUUUAAGGGUGCAUCAAUGUUUUCUUUAUUUUGAAGUUGAUUUAUGGAUAUAAGUUUUCUUUGUUUUAUGGAAAUGACAGUAAUUAGGGUUUUAGACUGCUUUGUUUUAUUUUAUCUAUUUUGAAGUUGUUUAGUUUUUAUGUAAUAAAAUAUUAUUGCAUUCUAUGUUAAAAUAUCUAUUUAUAUUGGUUUAGUUUU